AAGACCCUUUUCCCAAAUUCUUAAGCAACUUUCUUUGACAGACUUCCCAAUAAAGGUAGCAAAUAGAACGGAUCGAUCGGUUGCUUUUCAGAACAGGGAGGGGCUGCGCAGGUGCUGCUGGUCGCCAGCCUACAACAUGUAUUAUCUUAACGAACCAACUCUUCCCUCGACGGAAAACUACGCCCAAAGAGAAGCACACGCAUCCAACUUAGAGCUAAAGACUGUAUCCAUUAACCCCGAUGAUACCUACACGGUUCAGCAAGCUAUUAAUGCAUUCGGAUUUGGAUGGUUUCAUGUGAAGUUGUCCCUGUUAGUGGGGCUCUGCUGGAUGGCGGACUCCAUGGAGAUGGCUAUUCUGAGCAUAAUCGGUCCGGCAUUGUUCUGCGAGUGGAACGUAACCAAGUUCCAGCAGGCUUCUGUGACAACAAUUGUGUUUUUGGGAAUGAUGAUCAGCUCUACUUUUUGGACCCAGCUGAGCAACAGAUAUGGCCGCAAAUCGGCACUUACAUUGUUUGGAGUAUUAUUAGUUUUAUAUAGCAUUCUAAGCUCAGUUGCCCCCAGCUAUGCUUGGCUUUUAACGCUGAGAGGGCUCGUUGGGUUCACCAUCGGAUGCGUACCGCAAUCUGUGACGUUGUAUGCAGAGUUUCUGCCCACCAAACACAAAGGGAAGUGCGUUGUCCUAAUGGAUUGCUUCUGGGCAUUGGGAGCGUGCUUCGAGGUGGUCUUGGCCUUGGUUAUAUAUCCCUACUUUGGAUGGCGAGGACUUUUGGGAUUGUCGGCGACCCCGCUAUUAAUUUUCACACUGCUCUCCCCGUGGCUUAGCGAAUCAGCUCGAUAUCACUCAAAUAAUGGACGUAAUGAUAAAGCUCUAAAGGUUCUGGAGCAGAUAGCUCAGAAUAAUAAGCGUCAUAUGCUUAUUGGUCGAUUGAUUGCCGAUGAAGAGCCCAACUCCACCGAGAGCUUCAGGUCGCUUCUGAGUCCCAGCCUGUAUCGGACCACUCUGUUGUUAUGGUUUAUAUGGCUAGCUUCGGCAUUCUGCUAUUACGGAUUGGUGCUGGUUACCACAGAGCUGCUGGUCGCCAGAAACAAGGAAAGAUAUCCCAAUGAGUGCGUCACAUUUAUGACUUCAGAUUUCAUGGACUUACUCUGGAUCACCCUGUCGGAGUUUCCCGGCAUACUGUUGACAAUUAAAGUGAUUAAACUGUUCGGAAAGAGGAAAACAAUUGUCUUACAAUACUUAGUGCUUGUCUUCUGUACAUUCGUGUUAACGACAGUCUCUAGUCGAUUCUCAACUUCAGUGACUCUCUUCAUUGCCAGAGGAGCGAUUUCCGGAAUAUUCCAAGCGAUAUAUGUUUACACUCCGGAAAUAUAUCCCGCUGCCCUCAGAUCUAUAGGUGUCUCUGGAUGCUCUGUGCUGGCCCGACUCGGCGCCAUGCUUACCCCAUUCGUGGCCCAAGUGCUGAUGGAGACCUCCAGAGUACAAGCCGUAUCUAUCUAUGGAUUCGUUGGAUUCCUCGCAGCCAUCGCCUGUGCUUUUCUGCCCCGUGAAAGUGUGGGAUAUCACUAGUUGUGUGGCGGAAUGAAGGGAAAAUUCAUAUUACACAUCUUCCAAAUGUAAUGUCCGAUGCCUACCCAAAACUAUUUCCAACCAGAUCUAAAGCAUUUGCCUAGUUUUGGGCUUAUGUGCUAUAAUGACUAGCAAAACUAGUUUCUUGGUUGUUGAAAAACUAAAAUAAGUUUUCUUAUUUUCAGUAUUUUCAAUACAGUA